AUGCCUUACGUGAAAGCCGUCCCCCUCUCGCGUAUCGCCGGCUCGGCACUGAAAUCCUUCACCCACGGCUACGCCCAAACCGUCGUCGCCGCCUCGCAAUCCUCCUACGCCGCCCAGAACUCUCCCGCAGGCUCCCUCACCGAUAGUCUCGUCGGUCGAUUCCGCAAAGCCGAGCGCACCAAGGUCCACAGUGUCUACCUCGGUGCAGACGGCGUCCGCCAUGCCAGUACGAAUAGCUCUACGGGUGCGCGACUGGAGACGAGUCAGAAUGAUGCUGGGCUAGAGAAGUACUUUGAUGCUUGGCAGAAGCAUCAGAAGCCGGGCGAUAAGGAAUGGCAGCAAUUCCAGUUCGCCCGUACCAUCGAGUGGCAGCCGCCGACUACGGUGCCAGUGCAGGCGCAAGAUGGUGUCACAGCGGAGGAGCCGGUGGCUGUGCCGGAGCAGGAUCAGGAGCCUAGAGCUGCUCCUAGUCUGAAGAGAUCGUACACGACAAGUGCGCUGGACAACUUCAACAAGGCCUUCAUCCACGAUGAGGCGCUGGAAGCGGAUGCAUUGGAGCAGGUCAACAACAAGCUCACGGAGGAGAGCUUGAGGUCAAAGGAGGAUGCAGAGGAUGGGUUGAUGUUGAAGACUUCUUCGGCUCCAUCCGUUUCGCAGGACUUGGCUAUCUCCGAACAGCAAGCCAUCUCGACACCAGCGACUGCUCUUACGCCCACCGAAAGCUUCACUUCCGAAGCCGACAUCUACACGAACGAGCUGCUCCAGCUUGCGGAGAACAAACAACAUGAUCGCAUCCCCGCUGCCUUCCAGGGAAUGUUGCGCGCCGGCGUGCAGCAGCCAUCACCAGCCGCAUACCGCGCUCUCCUUACCUCUGCUAUCGAGCUUACUCCGGGAAAACAUGCGAAGGUGCCGAAAGCAUUAGAGGUCUACUCUGAUAUGCUACGCCGAAAGGUGCAGCCAGAUGUCGAAACUUACAGCAUGCUUGUUGGUCUUUUAGCAGACCGCGCACUUCUGGCCGUGUCUCUCCGUAAGAAUCUGCAAGAACGUUUGGCAAGAUAUGGUGGUCUUGAACAGCCUGGCAAGUUCAUGUUCCGGUCUAGCGAGUUCGAGCACAGCAUGAUGGUCGAGGAUUCCUCGCUUUCGAUUGCACUUAAGCUGUUCGAUCGGGCUACUUUCGCUGGCAACACCCUCUCUGCCAAUACUUGCGCAAGCUUGAUCGCUGCUUGUGCAGAGCAUGGACGCCUCCAGGAUAUGAGCCGCAUUCACGAACAGACGCAGACUACUUCGACCAGCGUCUUCUCACCUAUGAUCACAGCUUUCGGCUCGGACGGUGACCUCAAGAAUGCCGUGGCUCUCUACGACCAGUACAAGGACCUGUGCAUUGCGAAUAACGCUGGGGAGAACGGCAUCGUCCGUGUAGACAACGAGGUCUACGCCGCACUUGUCAAGGCUUACGGAUCUGCUGAUCGCUUGAAAGGUGGUCUCAAGUUCCUUGCUAGCGUCCAGGCUGAGACUACAAAUGAGCAUGAUCUCCAGGAGCUGCGCGAAAUCGUGGCUUUGGAUGCUCUGCUUCCUCUAGCUCUGAAGGAUCCGACAUUCAAGAAUGCCACCGAUCUUGCUUCUUCGCUUACUGGCCGUGCUUUGACAACAUCUCUGGCUGCUAUCGCUUGUUCUGCUGCCGAUGGCAAUAAGGUGGAAGUUGCUUUGGCGGCUUUCGACAAAUUGGCCAAGCUUACCCAGGACCUCGCCACACCAGCUUCUGCUAUGCUUGCCAUGCACGUCCGCAAUGCCAACCUGGAGGCUGCCGAGCCAUACUGGCGCAUCCUCGAGAUUACGAAGGCGAAUCUGUCUCUCGUCGAGCCCACGACCAUGCGCUCAGUAGCUCUUAUUGGUGUCGGCCAGGCUGAGCUCGGUCUGCGUCAAGCUCGCCGCAUGUUCGCUCGUAUUCGCGAUCAGCAACCUGAGAGCAGCAUGGCUGAGGCGACUGAGCAGAUCGAUGAGGCGCUUGAGCUGAUUGGUGCUUUCAUGCUCAAGAGUCAAGUCAAGAUCACUCCUCAGGCUAGCGCUGAAUUGCUUCGUAUGAUGGCUGAGAAUGGUGGGUUGAUCACACCAAUCGCCGAUCACAUCGUUGCUCGUUUGAGCGUUGAGCACAUCUCGCGCUUGAACGCAGCUGAUCUUGAGCUUGUGCUCCAUGCGCAGACCGACAUGAUCUUGCACGAGAGUGUGGCGGAUAUUGCCGGACCGGCUCGAUUUGGCUGUCUGCUCGAGACUCUCGUGUCACGCUCCAUCAUGCCUUCGACCGAGACCGAGUCGGCUAUCGAGAAGACGUUGAUCAAUGUCAACCGGGAUGACCUGAGUCGACUCUGGAACGCUUACCGCUACCCGCAGACUCCGGCCUCUACUCCUGUGGUCCCGUUGCAGCAACUUCGAGCUCCUUCUGUCCAGCCUGCUUUCGAGGACGCCUUCGAUCCGUACGCUGCACGAACUGACAUCAAAGGCUCGAACGCCAUCAAUGACCUGCUCGAGCGUCCUCAAGGUCGGCGUAUGAGUGAAGCGUUGACAAAGUUCAAGAAUAUGCGCCGGAUCGGUCGUGUACCACGCAUGUUCACAUACGGCAAGAUCAUCGAGGCUGCAGCCAAGGAGAGCAAUCUCAACCUCGCUCACGAUAUUCUGGAGAUGGCGAAGCAGGAUGUACCAUUCGAUGCUCGCUACCGUGUUGUCGUUUUCGGCUGGCAGCAGAUCUUGGACCACAUGGUCGCUGGAUGUCUGACCGUCGGACGUCGUGAUCUUGCUGCUAAAUAUCACCAGGACUUGAUUGACAUGGGCGCUGCCCCUUCCGCAAACACAUUCGGUUUAUACAUCACCACCUUGAAAGAAAACACCAAAACCUUCGACGAAGCCAGCGAAGCGGUCAAGAUCUUCCUCCGCGCCAAAACCGAAGGCGUCGAGCCCUCCUCCUUCCUCUACAACGCCCUCAUCGGCAAACUCGGCAAAGCCCGCCGCAUAGACGACUGCCUCUUCUACUUUGCCGAGAUGCGCAAUCUCGGCAUCCGGCCCACGUCAGUCACGUACGGCACUAUCGUCAACGCCCUGUGCCGUGUGAGCGACGAGAAGUUCGCCGAGGAGAUUUUCGAGGAGAUGGAGGGAUGUGCGAACUAUAAACCUCGUCCGGCUCCUUAUCAUAGUUUGAUGCAGUAUUUCCUGUCCACCAAGCGCGAUCGGGCGAAGGUGUUGGGGUAUUAUGAGAGGAUGAGGAGCAAGGGGAUCGAGCCCACGGUUCAUACUUAUAAGCUUCUUAUCGACACGCACGCGACGCUUGAGCCGGUUAAUCUUGCGGCUGCUGAGGGGGUGUUGACGGAUAUGUUGGCUUCGGGCAUCCAAUCGGAGGCCGUGCAUUAUGCCUCACUUAUCCACGCAAAGGGCUGCGUGUUGCAUGAUAUGCCUGCCGCUCGCGCACUCUUCGACUCCGUUCUCGCAGAAGGUCGCGUGAGGCCACAACCCUGCCUCUACCAAGCCCUCUUCGAAUCCCUCAACGCCAACCACGCUCUCGCUGGAUCCGCAGAGGCACUACUAUCGGAUAUGAAAGCCAGGCACGUGGAAUUCACCCCUUACAUCGCCAACGCACUUAUCCACGGCUGGACGCUGGAGAAGAACUUGGCUAAGGCGCAGGCGGCUUUCGCCGGUGUGCCCAGGGGAAGGAGGGAGCCGAGUACGUAUGAGGCUAUGGUUAGGGCGUAUUUGGCUGCUGAGGAGAGGGAUGCAGCGAAAGGGGUUGUGAGGGAGGCGUUGGGACGCGGGUAUCCCGGGGCGGUGGCGGGGAAGAUUGCUGAGUUGGUGCGGUAG